AUGGUAGAACUGCAAAGUGGUUUCAAAGUGAAGUGUGUGAGAAGUGAUAGAGGAGGUGAAUUCACAUCUAGUGAAUUCAGCAAAUUAUGUGAAGAAGGUGGCAUUCAAAGACAACUAACGACAACCUAUACUCCACAACAAAAUGGAGUGGUGGAGAGGAAAAAUAGAACUGUGGUGGAAAUGACCAAGGCAAUGCUUCAUGAGAAGAAUAUGCCUUACUCUCUAUGGGCAAAAGCUGUUCACACAGCUGUGUAUCUCGUAAAUCGUUCACCCACCAAGGCACUGGAAAAUAUCACUCCAUUUGAAGCAUAUAGUGGCAGAAAACCAGGUAUUGGUCAUCUCAAAGUGUUUGGAUCACUUUGUUAUGUACAUGGGUACAUGGUAUUUGAUCCUUUCACUAAGAAGUUGAUUUUGUCAAGAGAUGUUGUGUUUGAUGAAAGUAUGACUUGGAACUGGAAAGCACAGACAGAAAUACCUACUGCAGUGACAAAUACUCAAGAUCAAUCUAAAACUGAGAUUGAUUCUAGUCUACAUGAAGUAACAGAAGUAGACAACAAUUGUGCUAGUCCUUGCAGCUCUUCUCAAGUUGAAGAACAAGAGAGAAAUAUCCAUGAAACUGUUGAGAUCACUAAACCUUAUGAUCAUACACCAGUUAAGUGGAGAAGCAUAAAUGAUAUUCUGGCACAAUGCAAUCUCUACAUUGUGGAGCCAGAGAAGUAUGAAGAAGCUGCACAGGAUCAGUCAUGGAUAAAAGCAAUGGAGGAUGAACUAUCUAUGAUUGAGAAAAAUGGAACUUGGGAACUUGUGAACAUACCAAGUGACAAACAAGUUAUUGGAGUGAAAUGGGUGUUCAAGACCAAACUUAAUCUAGAUGGUUUAGUGCAAAAUAACAAGGCAAGAUUGGUUGCUAAGGGAUAUGUGCAGAAACCAGGAAUUGACUAUAAUGAGACUUUUGCUCCAGUUGCUAGAUUGGACACAAUCAAGACCUUAAUUGCUCUUGCUGCACAAAAGGACUGGAAGUUAUAUCAACUAGAAGUUAAGUCAGCAUUCUUGAAUAGAAAGCUGCAAGAAAAAGUGUAUGUUGAGCAACCUGAGGGAUUUGUGGUUCAAGGCAAAGAAGAUAGAGUUUAUAGACAGCACAAGGCUCUUUAUGGGUUAAAACAGGCACCUAGAGCUUGGUAUGGAGAAAUUGACAGUUACUUUGCUGAGUGUGGGUUUGAGAAAAGCUUGAGUGAAGCCACUCUUUAUACAGAGACAAGGGGAGAAAAUGAUGUACUAAUUUUAUCCAUCUAUGUGUAUGAUAUAGUGUACACAGGAAGCAAUCAAGGAAUGUUGAAUGAGUUCAAGAAAGACAUGAAAGAGAAGUAUGAAAUGACAGACUUGGGACUUUUCCAUCACUUUCUAGGAAUGAGGGUGAUUCAGACAGAUUCAAGCAUCUUUAUUCACCAAAGGAAGUAUGCAUCUUCUUUGUUGAAUAAAUUUGGCUUAACUGACUGUAAGCCUGUGUCUAUUCCUCUUGUAGCCACAGAAAAGUUGAUCAAGGAUGAUGGAAGUGGUGCUGCUGAUGAAGAGAAUUAUAGAAAGCUUGUAGGAAGCUUACUGUACCUUAUUGCUACAAGACCAGAUGUGAUUUAUGCUACAAGUUUGCUAGCUAGAUAUAUGCAUGGUCCUUCUAAUAAGCACUAUGGAACAGCUAAGAGGGUGCUAAGGUAUGUUAAAGGAACAUUAGAUUAUGGUUUGAUGUAUGAGAAAGGCAAGAAAGCAGUGUUGGUGGGAUAUUGUGACAGUGAUUGGGGAGGCUCAAUUGAAGAUAGCAAAAGCACAUCUCGGUAUGCAUUCUCAUUUGGAAGUGGAGUAUUCUCAUGGGCUUUUGUUAAACAAAAUUGUGUAGCUCUCUCAACUCUUGAAGCAGAAUAUGUUAGUGCUUCAAAGGCUACAACUCAAGCAAUUUGGCUUAGGUUUGUUUUGGAAGAUUUUGGUGAAUUACAAGCAGAUGCUACUCCUCUGAAAUGUGAUAACACAUCUGCAAUUUCCAUCACUAAAAAUCCAGUGUUUCAUCAAAGGACAAAACACAUUGACAGGCGGUAUCAUUUCAUCAAUGAUGCUCUACAACAAGGGGUUAUUGAUUUGGUUUAUUGUCCUACUAAAGAUCAAGUGGCAGACAUCUUUACCAAGGCUUUACCAAAUGAGAGGUUCAACUAUCUUAGAGAUAAGCUAGGAGUUUUAUCAGCUCAAAGCUUAAAGGGGAGUGUUAGUGUAUAA